GGUAACAAGCGCAGCUUAAAACAGUAGAAAUCUCCGUUACAGUUAAUGUUGUGUCUCCAUGCGUCAGCCUUUAUGUUAACGAUAUAAACCACAGUGCCGACUAAAAAAAGAGAGCGUGCCGCCUGUUACAGCUGGUUCACGACACCUGACGCCUUUUCCAUCGAUAAUCUGCCCACAGCCCCUCUGAGAUGAGCCAGGAAAUGUUGGAGCCAUUGGACGAGAUUCCAGAGAAUUGGAGAAGAUUUCUGAGAUAACCAUUUUCCAGUACUGGAUGGCGACCCCAGCCCACGAGACUCCAGAACCUGCUACCUCAGUGAGGAGACUGAACUAAACUGAAUCGUGGCCCUCCCACUUGCAGGUACACUGUAGCCAGAACGUGCAUCGGCAUGCAGUUGAACUGCCAUUCAGGUGUUUACAAGGCAUACUGUAUCAACUAAGGGACCAACUUCUAACAACACACAAUCCGGAUUUGCCAUGGAGGCAGCACACCUCAGUCUUGUCCUGUUGCUGUGUUUGGGAGUCCACAGCUCAUCUUCAGAAAUUUUGAAGCGGCAAAAAAGAAACUGGAUCAUUGAGUCCUUCACAAUUGAUGAAGGCUAUGAAGGAACUUUUCCAUAUUUACUGGGAAAAGUCAACAUUGAGAACAAUUUGACCUUUUUCAGAAUCAGUGGUCAGGGUGUUGAGAAGGACCCCAAAAACGUUUUUUCAAUCAAUGAAAACACAGGGGAGAUCUUUGUUCACAGAGCCGUCGACUAUGAGAAAUACACAGUUAUAAAGCUUGAUUUUGAGGCACUUGACAAAGAAAAACAUGUAAUAAGCACGCGGCUGGGAGUUGAGAUAUUGAUUUUGGAUGUAAAUGACAACCCUCCAAUUUUUGACCAAAACAUCUACAAGGUCAAAAUAUUAGAGUCAACAUUGCAAGGCACUGUAGUGACUACAGUUCGGGCGCAUGAUGAAGACAGCAUGGAGGACAAUAGAUUAUUUGAUUUAAAAAUAGUCUCAGUCAUUCCUAAAUCAUCUGAGCUGGAGUUCUACUUAAAGCAGAACAGUGAAAGAGGAACCAUUCAUUUUAGAGGGUGUCUGGACCAUGAGAAAAUAGAGAAAUACACCAUUGUAGUGGAGGCCAAAGACCAUGGGAAAGAAAAACAGCUCUCGAGCUCCGCCAUUGUUGUAAUCGACAUAGAAGAUGGAAAUAACCACCUUCCUAAUUUCAUCGGACAUACUGGUUCAGGGAGAGUGAAAGAAGGACUGGAAAAUGUUCUUGUUUCACGGCUGCAAGUUUUAGAUGAUGACAGCAAAUUUACAGCGGCCUGGAGAGCAAAAUAUCAAAUCCAAGGCGACUCAAACAACAACUUCAGAAUUGAUACUGAUCCUAAGACAAACGAGGGACUACUGUAUGUGAAAAAGGCUCUGGACUUUGAAGACACUCCUAUGAAGAACUUGACUAUAAGUGUGAAGAAUGAGCUCCCCCUUUACUUGUGCAAAGUGGUGAGUCGCAGCACCACUGGUCUUUGGCAAGUAAAGACCGUUAGUGAGAAGACUAUGACAGAAAGUCUGUCCACCCGUGAAGUGAAAGUGAUUGUGGAAGAUGUCAAUGAGCCUCCAAUCUUCGACAUAAUUCACAAACAAGUUAUGGUGAUUGAGAAUUCCGAGGUGGGCCGGUAUCUGUGGACAUUUAAAGCUAAAGACCCUGACGUCGCCAGUGGCAACACAGUUCUAUACAAAAAAGGACACGAUCCAGCUGGCUGGGUUAAAGUGGUCUACAAGACUGGAGAAGUAAGCACAACGAAGAUCAUAGACCGAGAGUCGUCUUUUGUGAAAGACAGCAUCUAUAAAGUCACAAUAUAUGCAAUUGACAAUGGUCACCCUCCAAUGACAGGCACUGCAACCCUGACCAUCUGUAUUACUGAUGAGAAUGACAACCCUCCACAGCUGACUAAAAACACAAUUGACAUGUGUCAGUCUGAUGGACCAUCUCUGGCCAACAUCACAGCUGUGGACCCAGACGGAGACCUCAACAGUGGACCUUUCACCUUCAUGCUCCAGGGAAAUCAGAAGGGCAAGUGGAGGCUUGAGUCUACGCAUGGGUACUCGGUCAACCUGGUAAAAGAGAGCACAGUUCAUUCUGGAAUUCAUGAACUGGUGCUGGAAGUGUCUGACCGUCAGGGCAAGAGUGCUGUACACAACCUGUCAGUCACUGUGUGUAACUGCGCAGACCCAGCGAAGCCAGACUGUAGCAUUCGCAUACCUUCUGGCCCCACAUUUGGAGGUGCGGCAAUUGGGAUCAUUUUUUUGGGCAUACUACUGCUUGCAGGUGUGCUACUUUUGGCUUUUCUCAUGUCCUGUAAGAAUGAGACUAUACAGAUCCCAGAUGACCUUGCUUCAGAACAUCUUAUGAUCAGUAACAUUGAGAAACCUGGAACUGACUGCAAAGUGACUUUUGACCCACCAAACAAAGGAUACACUCAGAAAGAGAAAAACACCCAAACAAUAUCUGAACUUGGCUGGAUGAAGGAAACAUCUCCGGCAGUGUCCAUCUUCCAAACACAUCGUGGCAUAUCCCAAUCUGAAAUAAAUCAGCGAAUGGAAUAUUUGAAUUUGGUGACAAAUGACUCAACAAGGCGACAAAACUUUUUGCGUGGGAACUCUAUGUAUCGGUCUCUGGGUGCAACAUCAGCCAUGAGAGAAAGACAUCAGCUGAGAAACUCUAUGCGUGGGAGUUGGGCUGAUCGCAGAAGAUACACCACAAAUCAAGAGGAUGCUUUGCAACGUUCAGUUCUGCUUAGUACACUAAAUAAGACACUGUACAGCCUCCAGGCACCAGGAGAGGAGCUGGCUGAUUAUGAUCCUCGUGUGUAUGUUGAGGAGGGAGACAUAAAGACCAACUAUAAGCUUGAUGCCAUCUCCAUCCCUGAAACUCCCUUUGACCCAGACCUGGACCUGAACCUGGGUUACAGAUUUCAUACUCUGGCCUCGAUCUGCAUGCCAAGUGAGAGACGUGAGACAACGACUCUGAUUCAAAAUUGAACACUCUUUCGUUAUUAAUCCUAAAUCCUAAAUGUAACCUGGAUACAGUACAGGAUGAUUCACAGCACAGUCUUUUUGGCGGCUCACAUCAAGUAAUGCUACAUUCAGCCACAAUCGAAGGACGUGUCUCUUUUCUAGAUUUUCUAUUAAUGCUGGCAGGGAGAAAAAAAGAAUGACAGUGUCUGAGAAAAUAUGACACUGAAGAAGAAAAAGUAUUGCAUUAAUUUUGGGAUUGGUCAGUGUUACUCUCAUUUUGGUCAAAUAUGUCUUAUUUGUGUUUCUAUUGUAUACAGCAGGACUACCUUUCUUGACUAUUUUUGGAUGUUCAGAGGACGUUUUUAAAUUUUCUUCUCUCAUGCAAUCAAUGUUGAUGGUGGACAGGGGAUUUUAAAGGAGUUGUAUGUGAUAUUCAGAGCAUGAAUAUAGCAGAAAAACCCUAUUUGCUGGGUAAAUAUAGAUUGUAGUAAUGCUGUCCCGAGCAGAGAGGGAAGUCUUGCUUCCUUUUUGAGAGUUGUGAUCCAAGCUUCUUUGUGGUUGUUGUGCAUAGGCACGCCAGCCGUACAGGUAUUAGGACAGCGUUGUCAUGAAUGCGUAGCACCUAUUCUCCAGUUUGCUUUUUUUUUUUCAGACCAAGUAGGGAUUUCCAUCCACGCACAGAAAUUUAUAGAAACUGUUUUUUGGGUUCAUGUGAGUUCAUGCAUACCCCUACGGACCUCGAUUUUGGCACAUUUCUGCUAGCAGUAAAAAUUGUGUCCUCAGACCACCAGAUAUUAGUCUGACAGACAUUAAUCAAACAAUCCUUCUUCCCUGGUUGGCGUUUUGUAACGUUCCAUGCAUCCGUGAUAUUAUUAUGGUUGUGAAGGCAUAAUCCCUUAAGAAGAACAAGUUUCUCACAUCCGUUCGUGGACAAGUGAUUAUCAGAUCAGAAAUCUGAUGUUUGAAACAGUCGAACUGUGUAGCUGCUGUAUAUAAUAGAAUAUAGAAAUCAAUCAGCAGGGUGGGUGUCAAACAUGAGGAGGCAGAGUCAACUGAUUGGAGGUCAGAAAUAUUUGUCGCUGCAGGGAUUAUGUAUUUUUCUGAAACAGGACUUUGGAGAAAUAGGUGUUUAUUUUUAGGGUAGCAUUCUCUGUCUGGAUUGGUUUUUGUUGUGUGGUAUGGACAAGGGUGGCGGAAACUUGUUUGUUUUGUUUUGUUUUGUUUUUUUUAACAAAAAUGGCCCUGGUGUGUGUAGUGGUUAAAUAUAAAUAUAAUUAUUAACAACCAGAAAUUAGGAUCGGUAUUAGAAAAACCUUGAGCAUCUCUGUUGCAAUACCUGAAGACAAACUGAAUGCAUAGAUUUUCAUUCAUGGCUUUUUGAUGAUCGUUGUGCAGGGUUUCCCACACAUUAAUUUAUUUGUGGUGACCUGCCCAAAUCAAAACAUCUACCACCACGUAUAGAUUUGAUAUUUUUAAAGUUGGACUGUUUAUUACAGAGAGCAGCAGCACAUCAGGCGCAGAAAAAGUGAAAUUAAUCCGUUUACUGCGCUGGGUCUAAAAAGCUUGAAUGAGUGCUAUGUUCAUUUACUAUUACAGGCCAAAGAGCGAUAUUCUCUACAGGUCAUAAAAAGUUAAGAAAGUUCACAGAUAGCUGAAUAUGAAUGUUGAACUGUAACUGCACUGAUAUUAUCUGUAAUUAAAAACAAGCACAUAGAGUAAGAGAGAAAA